AUGUCACCUUGUGCCGUUGCCUACCUGCUGCUGCUGCUGUGGAGCCCUUGGCUCCCGGGAGUCUCGGCUCUUCUGGAAAGGGACUUCGGCGACUGGAAAUCAAGCGAGAGAAUCGUCCGAACAAUGUUCGGAAAACUACGAGGCCGGGUCGUGCUGCCCCAAGCCCGACUGCACGAAGUCGCCCUUCAACCUGUAGAAGUGUUCUUAGGCAUUCCAUACGCCUCACCACCGGUUGGAUCUCUCCGAUUCCUGCCUCCGAUGACCGCCGCACACUGGGACGGUAUUCGUGAAGCCGACCACUUCGGACCCAACUGUCCACAGGCGCCGCCCGACGCUCCCCCCCAUUGGAGCCGACAGAGACCUUACUCAGACGAAGACGAACGGGACAAAGUCGAACACCGCUCGCCGAAUCGGACGUGGACUCCAUGGUCGCAAAUGGCGGACUUUCUCCAGGACAACCAGAGUGAAGAUUGUCUAUAUCUCAACAUAUUCGCCCCUGCAUCAGUGAGUCGCACAGAACACAGCAAGUUACCCGUGUUGAUCGUGUCGGCGGCGUCGUCACUCGAGUGGGGCGGCGCUUCCCUGCUCGAUGCCACAGCCCUCGCGGCCGCAGCUCAUGUAAUCGUCGUGACGUUCAACUUUCGUCUCGGAGUUCUGGGUAGGUUUUUCCCAGCGAUGGAAGAGGCUUCUCGAUCGAACAAUGCGCUCCUUGAUCAGGUUGCGGCAUUGCACUGGAUUCAGCGUAAUGUAGACAACUUCGGCGGGGAUCGCAGUCGGGUCACGCUCCUGGGUCAUGGAAAAGCAGCGGGAUUGGUUCAUCUUCUGGCGAUGUACCCUUUGGCGAAAGAUCUCUUCCGCUCGGUCGCGCUAAUCUCCGGCUCGGCGCUCUCGCCGUGGGCUCUGUGUCAAAGUUCCAACGCGGACUACUUCGCUAAACAGCUAGCCGAAAGACUCGGCUGUCCGACUCAGCCGUCUGCCAUGGUCGAAUGUCUGCGACACAAAACUGCAGAUGAACUCGUGGAACUGUCGCGGUUCCCGAAUGAAGUUCCGGACUAUCUAUGCGGACCCUUCGGGCCUAUCGUCGACAAUAGCGUAAUCACCGCAUUGGGCGUCCGAGCCGCUUCGUCUCAGGGGCCGUUCACCGAACACGACCUUCUAUGUGCAGUCACUGCCUCGGAAGCGAUGUCCAUGUUCAACGCUGAGGAGCGUCGCAACGGCAUAGAGACGAGCCUGAAAGAUCGCCUCAUCAGAACAUUGGUGAGAAACACUUUCGACUUCCACCAGCAGGAAAUCUACCUCACUGUGGCGAACGAGUACACGGAUUGGACCAGGAGCCUUCAGACGAAAAAAGACGCUCUGGCAGAUACGGUCGCCUCUUUAUCGGAUGGAACUGUCGUCGGACCUGUCAUGGAGACAGCCGUUUCACAUGCAGCGGGUGCUCAACAAAGUCGGUCAGGAGUUUCGACGCACUUGCUCGUCCUCUCUCAGCCCGAGUGUCCGUCGGCUUCGAAUGGCCAUCGAGAAGCUCCCAACUGCGAUGGUUAUCCCGAGGUUAUCCCUAAGGACCUCCUCCAGCUGCUCGGUGUACCCCUUCGUUCGUCUCAAAGUGUGCUGUACCCGGAGUUUUCGCGACAGGACGUCCAGACCUCUCAGACGCUAAUCCUCUGCUUGAAAAACUACCUCCGUGAUGGGAAUCCCAACGGUCCUCCUCGACCUCCGAACUCACAUCACCCGACGAGAUCGAAAGACAAAGAAGAGACCGUUGCCUGGCCGCUUUUUGAGCCGAUUCACAAAAUGCACCUCAUGUUGACAGAUGGAAAAGCACGGACAGGCAGUCAUUGGAACGCUCAUAGACUUUCAAUAUGGAAUCGUCUGCUGCCGGCGUUGCAUCGACCUCCUUCUCGAACUGUCAACCAUCUGUCUGCUGCUCAGUUGGAAGCUCACCAACUGCACCAGCUGCUCGAGGAUUCGGACAAGGCGUCGUCAUUUGCUGGCACCGUGCGGAACGUGACGUUUUUUGCAGCCCGCUCGGAACCGUCUCUCGAGGCGCCCACCACCGCUCUCGCGCCGACCGUCAAACUCACCGCGAACGACAGCCGUAGAGCCGGUGUGGGGGCGACGCCGCCGGAGCCGAUUCUGGAAAUUUCGACUUCUUCGCUGAACGCUCUGGCUGUUCUCACAAAUGGUCCCUACUCGAGACCAUUGCUCACAAUCCUCACCGUAGGCUGCUCCCUGCUCGUUGUUAAUCUACUCGUGUUUGUGGGGACAUUCUGUCAGCAUCGCGAAAGAUCGAAGCCGAAACAGCAAGCCAAGGAGACGACGGACGCGGCAGCCGCAUCGAAAGUCUCCAUCAAGGAAGAAGACUCGUGCUUACAGAAAACCAUCCUGCAGAAAGACGCUGCCAUGUUAUUCCUCCAGGAGACCGCGGGACACAAUUUGAACCAGCUGAGUAAACUCGUUCCGAUCGCGGGAAACGAUCUCCCGAAGACUCAGGCGCAAACCACAGUUCUUAUUGAACUGCUAUCAAAGCCCGUGAACACGACGGUCGAUAUCCUCGUAGUGGUAUUCGACGUGAGGCUACCACAAACUUUCAACAGUCGAGAUGGUAUCAACCGCGAAAAACAAACGGUUACUGUACUCGACGACAGUAUGAAAAUGGUGAAUCUUGGCCUCUGGUCGGAGUUUGUCGGCAAAUUAGAUGGAAAACAAGGUGAUGCAGUCAUUCUACAGAACCUCCAAGUGCGAGAUUACAACGGCACAAGACAACUGUCAACAACCACAAACACAAUCAUCCGUGAAGCGGCAGGCGAUGCCGAAGCAGAAAGGCUUCAAAAAUCACAGAAUCCGCAUAAAUCACAUUAG